AUGGCUGCCCAGGGCGAGCCGGGCUACCUGGCGGCGCAGUCGGACCCGGGCUCCACGAGCGAGCGCAGUACCGACUCGCCCGUGCCGGGGUCCGAGGACGACCUGGCCGGGGGCCCCCUGCCCAGCCCCGAGUGGAGCGAGGAGCGCUUCCGCGUGGACAGGAAGAAACUCGAGGCCAUGUUGCAAGCUGCUGCUGAAGGAAAAGGCAAGAGUGGAGAAGACUUUUUCCAGAAGAUCAUGGAAGAGACAAACACACAGAUUGCUUGGCCAUCAAAGCUAAAAAUUGGAGCGAAAUCUAAGAAAGAUCCUCAUAUUAAGGUCUCUGGAAAGAAGGAGAAUGUUAAGGAAGCCAAAGAAAAGAUAAUGUCUGUCUUGGACACCAAAAGCAACCGAGUCACCCUGAAGAUGGAUGUUUCACACACAGAGCAUUCUCAUGUAAUUGGCAAAGGUGGGAACAAUAUUAAAAAAGUGAUGGAGGAAACGGGAUGUCACAUCCACUUUCCAGAUUCCAAUAGAAACAACCAAGCAGAAAAAAGCAACCAGGUGUCUAUUGCAGGACAGCCAGCUGGCGUUGAGUCGGCCCGAGUUAGAAUUCGGGAGCUGCUUCCCUUGGUCCUGAUGUUUGAGCUGCCCAUCGCUGGCAUUCUUCAGCCCAUUCCAGAUCCCAAUUCACCCACUCUUCAGCACAUAUCACAAACGUACAACAUUUCAGUGUCAUUUAAGCAGCGUUCCCGCAUGUAUGGUGCUACCGUCAUUGUUCGAGGGUCCCAAAACAACUCCAAUGCAGUGAAGGAAGGAACUGCCAUGCUGUUGGAGCAUCUUGCAGGGAGCUUGGCAUCUGCCAUCCCUGUGAGUACCCAGCUAGACAUCGCCACUCAGCACCAUCUUUUUAUGAUGGGUCGAAACGGAAGCCACGUCAAACAGAUCAUGCAGAGAACUGGUGCUCAGAUCCACUUUCCUGAUCCCAAUAACCCACAGAAGAAAUCUACUGUCUACCUCCAGGGCACCAUUGAGUCAGUUUGUCUUGCAAGACAAUAUCUCAUGGGCUGUCUUCCUCUUGUGUUGAUGUUUGAUAUGAAGGAAGAGAUCGAUGUGGAACCUCAGUUCAUCGCUCAGUUGAUGGAACAGCUAGACGUCUUCAUCAGCAUCAAGCCCAAGCCAAAACAGCCGAGCAAGUCUGUGAUUGUGAAAAGCGUUGAGCGAAAUGCCUUAAAUAUGUAUGAAGCCAGGAAAUGUCUCCUCGGACUUGAAAGUAGUGGCGUUACCAUAACAACCAGCCCAUCUCCGGUCUCGUGCCCCGCCGGCCUGUCAUGUCCGGGCUUGGAUAUCUUAGCUUCUGCAGGCCUGGGACUCACUGGACUAGGUCUUCUCGGCCCAACUGCCUUAUCUGUAAACACCUCGACGACUCCAAACUCGCUCCUGAAUGCUCUGAAUAGCUCUGUGAGCCCUCUGCAGAGUCCGAGUUCUGGUACUCCAAGCCCCACGCUCUGGGCUCCCCCACUUGCCAACACUUCAAGUGCCACAGGUUUUCCGCCACUCCCACAUCUCAUGAUUCCCUCCACCGCCCAAGCCACAUUGACCAGUAUUUUGUUGUCUGGAGUGCCCAGCUACAGCCAGACAACGCCAUCUCCUCCUCCAGGCUUGACUCCUAUAGAAGUCCAUGUCAAUGGCAUGCAGUCAGAAGCCCCCCAAGGCUCUCCUGCUCUGAAUGGACAUGUGCAGUCUUCAAAGAUAAAAUAUGGUGCAAUAUCGACCUCAUCCCUUGGAGAAAAAGUGCUGACUGGAAAUCACAAUGACCCAUCACGCCAGACGAGUGCCUCUGAGCAAGUAUCGUCCAAGUCCGGUGCCCCAGAAGGUUGCAAUGAUGCUUUUGUGGAAGUGGGCAUGCCUCGAAGUCCUUCGCAUUCGGCCAGUGCCACUGAGCUCAAGCAAAUGAUGGCGUCCUCCAAGGUAUCCUGCUCCAAGAGGCAGACAGUAGAAUUACUUCAAGGCACAAAGAACUCUCAUUUACACACCACUGAACGAUUGCUCUCGGAUUCAGAGCUGAGCGCUUCAGAGAGUCCUUUGGCUGACAAGAAGGCUCCAGGGAGUGAACGAGCAGCUGAGAGGGCAGCAGCGGCCCAGCAGAACUCAGAGCGAGUGCGCCUCGCUCCACGGUCGUCCUAUGUCAACAUGCAGGCAUUUGACUAUGAACAGAAAAAGCUGCUAGCAACCAAAGCAAUGCUGAAAAAGCCGGUGGUGACGGAAGUGAGGACACCAACCAACACAUGGAGUGGCCUGGGAUUCUCCAAGUCCAUGCCAGCUGAAACCAUCAAGGAGCUCAGGAGGGCUAACCACGUCUCCUAUAAGCCCACGAUGAGGACGACCUAUGAGGGGUCAUCAAUGUCUCUCUCACGGUCCAACAGUCGUGAACACCUGGGGAACGGAAGUGAAUCUGAUAAUUGGAGAGACCGGAAUGGAAUCGGUCCUACUGCUCACAAUGAAUUUUCACCUUCUCUUGGGAGCCCCAAACGCAAGCAAAACAAAUCAACCGAACACUAUCUCAGCAGCAGCAAUUACAUGGACUGCAUUUCCUCCCUGACCGGAAGCAAUGGCUGUAGCUUGAACAGCUCCCUCAAGGGGUCUGACCUUCCCGAGCUCUUCAGCAAGCUCGGACUGGGUAAAUACACCGACGUGUUCCAGCAGCAGGAGAUCGAUCUUCAGACAUUCCUCACCCUUACAGAUCAGGACUUAAAGGAGCUGGGAAUUACAACUUUUGGGGCCAGAAGGAAAAUGCUGCUCGCAAUCUCAGAACUGAACAAAAACCGACGAAAACUUUUUGAACCACCUAAUGCGCGUGCCUCUUCUCUGGAAGGAGGAGCCAGUGGGAGACUGCCGCGUCAGUAUCAUUCGGACAUUGCUAGUGUCAGCGGCCGCUGGUAGCGCUGAGCCCUUGGCUCUCUCACACAGAUGACUCUAGAGUUGGACACGGGAAUCCUGUGACCGACCAGCUGUCACUGCACACCACCCUCAGCACUUUGGCAUUGGGGACCAGGACCAAAGCAUUUUGCCUGCACAUGUACUUGGUGCCAAAAAAAGAAAAGAAACAUUUGUCUGUUGUCUUUCAGAACGCCAAAAUGUGGAUUUCUUUUUCUUAUAUAGAUUCGACAGAAUUUGCAAUAAUAAUAAUAAGAGGGGUUUAGUUUUUUUUAUUUCCUAUAAAAUGUAUGCACUGAAUUUUUACUUUGAAUGAAGGAUUAAGAAUUGACAUCCGAGAUGCCAGAGAGCAUGGAUUUUUUUGUGUUUUGUUUGGGGGUGGGUUUUUGGAUUUGGGUUUUUUUCUUUUGUUGUUUGGUUUU